AUGUUAGUAUAUAUGAAAUUAAAAAAUAAAUAUUUUAAUUUAAAAUUGUUACUAAUUUUCUUUUUAUUAGUAAAGGUAUAUUAUUUAAAAAAUAUCAAGUGUUUAAGUAAAAAUUAUGAUUUCGAUUUAAUUAUAAGAGAUAAAACCUUUUUUUUAUGUAAUAAAAGCAAAAAAUUUUAUACCAAAAAUUUUAAUGAAAGAAAUAGAAAAAAGAAUACAAUUUUUUAUGAGAAAAAGGACAAUUUUUUGCAGAGUUGGUUUAAUUUAGCGAAUCAUAGAAAUGUUAAAAAAAUAAAAAAUGUUAUUUUCUUAAAGUUCAAUAAUAAGAAAAAGCAAAAUAAAAUAAUAUCUUAUGAGCGUAUAAAUACAGUAGAAAAUGAUAUAGUAGAUAAUCUAGAUAAUAAUCUGGAUAAUUUAAAUAAUGAAGUCACUUUAGAUUGUGAAGCAAAAAAUUCAAAUGGCCCUUUAAAUAAUGAAUUAAAAUUAAAUAAAGAUGUUAAAAAGAACAAAAAAAGACAUUACAAAUUUACUUCUUGGAAUAAUACAAACGAAAUUAAUAAUUUUGAUUUAGAAAAAUAUAAUAUAGAUAACGAAUUAACCAAUGAUGAAUCACAUAAAUAUCAAUCAGCAUAUUACUUAUCUAUAAACAACACUUCUAAAGAUACUAACCAUUUAAAUAUAAAAAUAAAUAAGGAAUUAGUAAAUUCAUUAUCUGUUGAAGAAUUACUAAAUGUCUUGAUUAAGUAUGAUGAAAAUGAAAACAAACAAAAAAAAAAAAACAUUUUUAAUCAAGUUAACAUUGUAACAGCAUAUCACCGAAUAGCAAAACAUAUAAAAAAUAAAAACUUUUAUUUAAAAAAAAAUUUAAAUCAAGCAAUUGAAACAGAUAAUUAUUUUGAUCCCGUGACUUUUAGCUUGUUUGAAAAUUAUUCUAAUGCAAGUGAAGAAGAAAAAUCAAAUGUUGCUUUUAAUUCCACUUAUAAAAAUGAUCAAGUAGAUGAGAAUGCAGAGAAAUAUAAUUCUAAAUCCAUGAAACAACAUGUAAAUGAAAUUAAAUUUGAUGAUAAAAAUGAAAAUAAAGAUAAAAAUAAUGAAAAAAAUGAUGAAGAAAAUAAUUGUGAAAAAAGUAAUUUACCUUUAGAAUCUAAUGAUAGCAACAUUAUGAUAAAUAAAAAGGACAUUGAAUUAAAAAAAUAUAAAGAUUUUAUGUACAAUAAUCAUGCAAGUUUAUCUAAUAUAAAAAUAUACAGUUAUAUAUAUGAAUUAUUAAAAAAGAAUUUGGCAGACAAUUCUAUAGUUAUUACGAAACAUGUAGCUAAUAUUGCUUGGGCUUCUGCUAUUUUAUCAAAUAAAGAUAUAUAUGUAUGGACAAAUAUAAAAAAACAAUUUUAUGAAAACAUAAAUAGUUUUAAAGCACAAGAAAUAUCAAUUAUCAUAUGGUCAUUUAGUGCAACAAAAAAUGAACUUAUUAAAACAAAAGAAGAAUUUUUAUUAUUAUAUAAUUGUAUAAAAAAAUAUAUUAAUGAAAAUAAAUUUAAAGCACAAGAAUUUAGUAAUAUAAUAUGGUCAUUUGGAAUUUCAAAAUAUUGUAACUUUGACAUAUUAAUUAUGCUAUAUAAUUAUGCAUUAAAAAUUUUUGAUAAAUUAUUAUUAAAAGAUAUAUCAACCGUCUUGUACAGUUUGUCUAUUUUUGCUUCUGAUUCAAUAAAUCAAAAUAUUUUGAAUACUAUUAAAAAAAGGCAUUUCGAUUUAUAUAACAUUGAUGAAGAUUAUUUAACAAUAGACAAAACGAAAAAGGAAGAAAAUGAAAAUAUAUUCAACUAUGAUAAAUUCUUUUUUUUUAAUGAUGUUUAUAAUACUUAUAAUAAUCCAACAGAGAACAAUUUAAUAGAAGAUGAUAGUAUAGAUGAUAAAAAAUACGUUUUCUUUUUAUUAUUUGAAAAUUUCUUAAAGUAUUCCUUAAAAAAAAUUAACAAUGAAAAAGAUAAAAUGACUAUGAGAAGUUGGUCAAAUAUAUUUUGGUCAUGUGCUAAUAUUGGCUUAGGUUUAUAUAAGGAUAUAUAUUCAGAUCAUAAAAAUUUAAAGUACUAUAUAUAUAUGAAAAGAAAUAACUUAAAUAAUAAUGCAGUAAAUAACGCAAAUAUUAAUAGUUUAAAUACUAUCAAUGAGAAUAAUAAAAAUAUUUUAUACUAUAAAAAGGAAAAUGAUUCUUUGUAUUAUUUAUUUGUAGAUAAAAACAAUUUAGAAUCUUUACAUACAAGUUAUGUUUAUGAGAAAGAUGAAAACAUAUCUACUGAAAAAAUCAAUUUUGACUUCGAUUGUAAACCGUAUGUUCAUAUUAUUAACAAUGAAUAUAUUUUUCCAGCAAUUUCUCAUUUUAAUGAUGAGAAAUAUAAAGUAGAUGAAAAUCAAAAAAGUAAAAUUGGUUUAAAUAUUGAUUUAGAUAUUUUUAAUAAUAAUAAAAAUAAAAUAGAAUUAAAUGAUGAUGAUGGUAGUAAUAGAAUUAUGAAAAACAAUAUUAUUCCAAAUGAAAAUUUAAGAAAUGAUACAAAAAAAAAAGAAACUCAAUUUAAUUUUAUUAAUAAUGAUAUGAACAAUAACAUCAAUAUGAAUGAGGAACUAAAUAUAUCAUAUAACAAUGAUAAAUCUACUAAUAAUGAUAUUAAAUAUAUUAAUAUCAAAUACAGUGACAAUGAUAAAACUUCAAAUAAUAAUAUUAUAUGUAAUAAUAGCAGUAUAAAUAAAAAUUUAAGCAAUAUUAACAAUUCCAAUUAUUUAAGAAUUUUUAAUAAAUUAAAUGAUGAAGAUAAUAUAUAUAGCCAAACAAAUAAUAAUAAUAUAGUCUUCAAGUUACUGGAAUUAUUUCAGUCUCAACUGAAAGAAAAAAUUAUUAAAUGGACAAAUUGUGAAACACAAUCAAUAGCUAAUAUAUUAUGGAGUUUGUCCAUGUUAAAUGUUUUUUCAAGAAAUGUUUUUGAGAAUGGUUUAUCUGAAUGCAACAAAAGAUUUAUAAGGAAUCAUAAAAAAAAGAGUUCUAAUAAAUUUCAGAAGUAUAUAUCACAAUUACACCAAUCUCAGUUAUAUCAAGCAUCCUUUUCUUUUUGCUUAUAUAUAUUAUAUAAUGAAAAAAAUAUAAAUAAAGCAUUGAAAAGCUAUCAAAAUAUAAAGAAUGAUCACUUCAGAAGUAUUGAUAUAAAGAAAAAAAUACAACUUAUUUUUGAAAAAUAUUUCAAUGUUUCAGUUACUACUUUGAAUAUAUGGAAAAAACAAUUAGCAAGAAAUCAAAGAAAAGAAGAAAAAAAUCAAAUAUCUUCAUCUGCCCAUAAAAAAAUAUCUGAUGAAUUAAGACAACUAAAUAUUUUUCAUUAUAAUGAAUAUUUUAUAUUUGAUUCAAUCCUUGUUGAUAUUUAUAUACCUCAUUCAAAAAUAGUUAUAGAAAUUGAUGGACCUAGUCACUUUUUUCAAAAAGGUGAAUCAAUUGUUUAUAAGCCAAAUACUUUAUUUAAGAAAAGAUUAUUGAGAGCUCUUGGAUUUAUCGUUAUUUCUAUUUCAAUUAGUAACCAUACAUUUAUGUUUAGCGGUUUAAAUACAACUGAUUUCAUUAAAAAAAUAUUAAAUAAAGUCAAUUAUAAUAUAUAA